AUGUUCCGUGCUACUAGCUCCCGCAUGGCUGGCUUCGUGUUCCGUGAGAACCGUGUGCCCUACUACCAGCGUCUCUUCCAGCAACACGAUGGCAAGCGCCAAUGGUACAAGACCUCCCGCUCCGGCUACGUCAUGUACCCCUACCUCAUCUCUGUCUACGGCCUCGGUGCUGCUACCAUGUACGCCAUGUGCCGCAUGGUUCUCGGCCACAAGACUUGGUACUAA